AUUCGGUACCUCCAUUUAAGAUAAACAAAGCGAGGGGAGAGAGAGAGAUGGAUAGUAGCGGAGGGUGUUGUAUUGCAAGAUAUUCAAGUGUUGGAGGAGGGAACGGCAUGUCAAAGGUGGACCGAAUCAUGUUAAGGUUCAGGCCAAUAGCGCCUAAACCAGCCACGGCCACCUCUGGUUCAUCUGUUUCAGGUGGUGGGUCAUCGCCAGAAAUGAGUGACGUCAGCCCUAGGUCUGGAAGAGGCAAGAGAAAGUACAAUAAUACCAGCAAGGGUACGAAUAGCAAGAAGUGUAAUAGUGGUGGUAAUAGAAAAAGAAAGGUUUUAGGUGAAGAGAAGAAGGCGGUGGUCGAUUCUGUCGUAACUCUGCCUCUUUUGCCGGAAAUACCUGAUCGGAAAGAUUUCGGGACGAAAGAACUCAAGACUGAAGUGUUUCCGGGUUCCGUUUCGCCGAAGCCAGUAAAAAGUAAAUGGCUUAGUUUUGAUGGCAAAGUGAAAGAUCAAGCUGGCCAUCAGAAUCACACGGUCGGCUUUGGUGUGUCAGCGGAUCAGACGGUUGUGAUGCCACGAGUGGUGAAUAUAGUGGGAUCGUGUGUUACAGUUGAAUGCGUAACUGACACGUGGGUGGAUUUGGAUGGUUUAGGGCGUACAGAUGAUGAGAAGAAGAUUAAUAUGGAGAAGGACACGUGCCCAGGGUUUAUAUCUGACGGUUAUGGGAGGGUGACGUGGGAAAAUGAGGCUUAUAGGAAGAUGGUGGGCCAAGGGGAGGGAGGAGAUCAUCAGGUGUUUGUGUGGUUGGCGAUGAAGGAGAAAGUGCCGAUGAAGGUCACCAUAGCAGGUCACAAGGCUUUCACAUGCAGGGUUAAGGUGCAGUACCAGAAGCACGACACGUGUAGGGUUAAUGGGAAGGAGAAGAUUUCAAUCGUUACGGUGCCGUGUGAUGUGUGGAGAAUGGACAGUGGUUGUUUUGCAUGGAGAUUGGACGUCAAGACUGCUCUUUGUUUGGGCCGGUAAAGAAGAGAAAUUAAAUCAAAGAAAACUCAGCUGGCGCCUAUCUUGUGAUUACGUUGGAUUGUGCAGGUGUUUAUAUUAUUAUUAUCAUUAUCAAUAUCUUAUGACCUAAUUAAGUAGAUGUAUUAGUUUUGUUAAUUACCUUAAAACGAUGCUUUGACAUGCAUGGACAUGAUGAUGAUGUUGAUGAUGAUUAUAACCUUAAAAUUGUGGAUAUUCUUGGUUGGUCCA